AGCAAAUCGGAUGGUAUGGACGAGGAUUAUCGAGACUCGGCUCGGCAAUGGAAAACUUACUCUCUUGUGUUGCUCGUCUUCUUGGUCGCUCUCGUUGUUGGCUUUGCAGCGACGGUUGUCUAUUACGAAAUCAUUCGCAAACCUUACGGCUCAACACACUGCAAUCGAGUCACACUGACAGAACGACCCCUAGAAGGUGAUCCAGGUCACUCAAUUUUUCGAGAUCUUACAAAAAAUGAGUGGUCAGCUCUGGAAAAUUAUUUGUAUUCCAACAAAGCUUUUAAUCUUAAAAGAAGAAACAUUUAUGCACCGAAUUCGAGUUAUCUGUACUUCGUCGAAUUGUUGUUGCCCAACAAAACAUCAGCUUUAGAUUUUCUGGACUUUAUAGGCCGGCCUCAGCCCCCGAGAGAAGCCCGUGUUGUGUUGUUCCGUGGUGACAAAUUUCCCCCAGUGACGGAGGAGUACUCGGUUGGUCCGCUGCACAAAAUAGAAUAUCACAGACUUCUACUAUCGGCCCCAUACCUCUACAGACCUGUGUCCACCAUUGAAACCCGCGCAGUCCGGAAACUACUGCGGCGAGUCGACGUCACGCUUAAAUAUGUCUUAGAGGAAAGUUACGAGGCUAGCUUCUUUGACUGUGAUCCACAAUGUCUAAUUCUGGACUAUUACACCCCAGUAACUCCAGCUAUGUCUGGAAGAAACGUCCGCUUAAUUUGGUAUUGGACUCACUACCAAGUCAAACAAUCCUUGCUGAAUCCUGUGGACUUUUUCAUCUUAUUCAAUUUGGAUGGGCCAGAUCCAAACAAAUACCACAUAGAAAAAAUAUGGUACUCUGGACAAGAGUACAGAUCUCCUGAUCAUGUUCUAGAGGCGUAUAUUUCUGGAAAUUCGCCAAAAUCUUCGAUCCCAUUCCCCGUAGAUCCACACAUUCUACUGUCCGUUAAUCCCUCUACUCCUACUAUGGGAUUGCGGAGUCCAAAGGUGAUUGAACCGGAUGGACACAGGUAUUCUGUCAAACAAGGAAGAAUACAGUACAUGGACUGGGAUUUCCACUUCAGAAUGUCGACAACAUCCGGGCCACAGUUAUUGGAUGUUAAAUACAGGAGCGUCCGUAUUCUGUAUGAACUCAGUCUCCAAGAAAUAGCAGCGUUUUCAUCCGGGCAUCACCUAUGGCUACGUCACUCAAGCCUCUUGUACAGCAGUCUUUUACUAGAUAUGGAUGGUGAAGAUACUAGUCCGACCGCAAAUUCCCGUUUCUCUUUCUCACGGACCAGUAGCACCGGUUCUAUUCCCGCUGGAUGUUUCUCCUCAGCUUCCUCUGCUCAAGGAUCUGAUGAUGAGGACAGUGAUAGUAAACCUACACUGAGUUACAAAGACAGGAGAAGAGAGGCGCACACUCAGGCAGAGCAAAAGAGGAGAGAUGCAAUCAAGAAAGGUUAUGAUGAACUGCAGUACAUUGUUCCCACGUGUCAACAAACUGAUCAGAUAGGAGGAACCAAGCUCAGCAAGGCCACAGUUCUACAGCGCUCCAUUGAUUACAUCCAGUUUCUGAUCACACAGAAGAAGAAACAGGAGGAUGAGCUGGACUCACUGAGGAAAGAAGUCAUGGCCCUCAAAAUCAUGAAGGCGAAUUAUGAACACAUUGUGAAGACCCACCAGAACACCCCCAUGCAUGGCCAGAACCUUGUAUCAGAUGAGAAGAAAUUUCAAGUGUUCCAGAACAUCAUGGACAACCUGUUCCAGUCCUUCAAUGCCAACAUAUCUGUGUCCAACUUUGCUGAAUUGUCUGGGAGUGUGUUUAAUUGGCUGGAGGAGUACUGUAAACCUCAGACUUUGCGUGAUGUUACACUCGGAAUUCUUCAACAAAUCAACAACCUCUGUCUUCGAAAAAUCCACCGCAUCUUCUGGCCAAACAAGAUCUCUAACAGAGACCUGCACAAGAAAAGCAAAAAGCAGGAGUAUAACAACAGAAAUCAAGCAAAGAAGAAUGAGAUAUGGCUGGGACAGGUGAUGAGAAUGCCCCAGAGCAGGAUACCCAAAACAGCUUUACAUUGGACAUCAUCUGGAAAGAGGAAGCGAGUGUUUCGAUUAAUGAACCAAGAUAUUGUAAAAUCAGAGUACGAAGCAAGAAAAGAUACAUCAGCUGAGUCGCCUUUAGUGCAAUACAAAUCCCGGGCAGCAGACGGUUGUCAGCAGUGUCAGAAGUUGGAGAAUGCUUUCAGUGAGACCCAGAAAAAAUUGGAAAGAACCCAAAGACAGCUUACAAAAGCUAAUGAUUAUAACGAAGACCUGAGAAAACAGAUCCAUUGGCUUAGUUCAGAACUUCACGAAAUUAGAAGUAAAUCAAAGAACAAAUCUGACGUUGGGACACAAGUGGAGUUAGCUGAAACAAAUGACGAUUAUAAAAGCAGUUCUUGUUUGAAAGAGGAAAAGAAGAAAAGUGAAGACAACAAACAGGCGCGGGAUGAUCAUCUGGAAGACACAGCUAAACCAUCACAUGAUGAAGAUGAUGUUGGAGGCAAUCUGUCCAUUGCCGAGGAAUUAAAACAAGCAGCGGAGGAAGCAGUGGAAGAGACAGGAUACGUUUAUGACCAGGCUUCUGGUCUGUACUAUGACAAAAACAGCGGCUACUAUUACAAUCCUGAGACAGCCCUGCAUUACGACUCCAACACAGGUACAUAUUACACCUAUGAUUCCGUCUCUGGAACCUACAUCUUCCAUUCCCAAGUAGACGCUUCCUACCUACAGCACUCUCAUGGAGAUCCUACCUCUACAAAUUAUACAGCCCCUAACAGCUAUCAAGGGGACACAACCACUGCAAAUUAUCCAUCAUAUACAGCCCCUAACAGCUAUCAAGGGGACACCACCCCUACAAAUUAUCCAUCAUAUACAGCCACUAACAGCUAUCAAGGGGACACAAUCACUGGAAACUACCAGGGCUAUCCCGAGGCUGAUGCUCAGAAUUAUGAGGACUCAUUCCAAGAGUAUCGAGACCCAAGUAACACAACAAACACUCCAAGCAAGAAAAGUAAAAAGCGCAAAAACAAAGCUAAAAAGGAAAAGAAUACCAAAGCUCAAAAAGUGGACAAUAAUGAGAAGUCCGAGUUAGUUGUUAGAGUCAGUGGUGAAUCAGUAAAAGCCCAGGAAAGUGAGGUACAAAAAGGAGAGGCAGGUAUGGAGGAAGAGGAGGGGGAGAUUUUACCAGAGGCGGAGGACUCAGUGGGGUACCCCACGGGGAGGGAGACAGGUGCUGGUGAUUCUAACAUGGAGGUCGCAGAGGAUUCCAAAUCAGAGAGUAAUAAAUUACAGAUCAAUCACACUGAACUUCAGGGACUGAAUAGAAAACAGAGGAGAGAAAAGAUAAGACAGAUGAGGAGGACUUUUGAGGAUGAAAGCAAACGGAGUUGUGGGGAACCUUGUCAGAAAAUAGAGAGAGUGGUGAAAUCCUCGGACAUAGUAAAGCAAGUAGACAAAGAAUGUUCUAAUGUGAUUAGUGUGCAGGAACAAGAGGUGAUAGAGACAGGGUACAGUGUUUAUAGUUGUGAUGAGCUGUGCUCAUUGUCUAAAUCUUCCAUUGAAAUGGAGGAAACAAGUACUAACUCAUUCCUCCUGAUCUCAGACGAGAGUCUCGUGACAAAAACCUGCUCCUGUAGUUCCCAGGUGAACUCCUAUCAGGGCUCGAUCAGCAGCUGUGCCACCACCAGCAGUGAACUUGGCAAAACAGAUGUCACAAAAGUAAAACAUAAAGAAUCCUCAGACAUUUCACCUGCUUGUAAGGACUGUGGAAAAUCAAACUGUAAGAUACACAGCCUACAGGAGGAGACGCUGUACCCAGGAAACCUUAGUGAUGAUACACAAAACGCUGUAGAUUUUGAUUUUGUGAUUAAAGUUAAGCAUGAAAACUGUGAGGAUUGUAAGCAAUCUAAUACCACUGAUUUAGGUACUGCAACCAGCAUGGAAGAUGAUUGUAAGAAAACUAAUACCACUGAUAUAGGGACAGGAGCCAACAUGGAAGAAUGUGUAAAAGAAAACUCACAAUCAAUGGAAGAUGAUUCAACCCUCAAAUGUCCCACUUCUGUAGAUAAACAAUGCUCCACUCUGGAAACUGCAGGCAGUUCUCAGCCUGAAGUGAUGUGUGAUAAGAAUCAAACAUUGAAUCACAAAGAGGCCUGUGAUAAUAGGUCUGAUGGAGAGGAUAGCUGGUCAGUCUGUACAAACGAGUCUGAGCUCGAGUCUGGGGAACUGACAGAGAGCUCAGAGGAGAGUGAGUCCAGCUCGGAGGAGGACACAGAGAUGAUCCAGGAGUCAGGGGAGGAUCAAGAUCCGUAUUCCUUCCCUCCGUGUGUUCGGCUCAUUGUGACGGAUUCGGAUUAUCUGGAUUAUGGAUCUCUGUUUAUCAUCACCUGUGAUGGAGGUACCAUAGGGAGAGAGAAGUACUUAGGAAAUGUCAUCAUCAUACCUGAUAUCAACAUCAGCAAGAUACAUGCUCAGUUAAAGUACAUGCCUGAUACAGGACGGUAUUAUGUAAUGGACUAUGGAAGUCAGAACGGGACAUUUCUAAAUGAAGAGAGGAUAUCAGAGUCUAAAUGUAGCAGUACUUACCUGCCUGUCAAUCACGGGGAUUGUCUACAGAUUGGCUGUACGCGGUUUCUCCUCCACAUCCACCCUGGGACUGAGACCUGUGACGAGUGUGAACUCUCUUCAAGGUUCAUAUAAAUGCCACACAAACUAAAGGCAGCAUAUCAAGCCACGCAAACUAAAGAUAUUCAGAUUUUGUCCAAAGAGGAAAAGAAAAAGCAGGCAAGACAGGAACUCAAUCAAAUAAAGAAGAAAUACGGACUAAAGAAUACUGCAUACACAGAUAACAGUGAAGUUAUAAAGAAUCCAAACUAUCAGGACAGGGCUGAGGAAAGGAGAAAAACAAAGGGUAGUGAUAAUCCUUACCAAGUGGAUGAGGCACCAGCAUCUGUUCACAGACCGAUCACAGAGGGCAAUGUUGGACAUAAACUUCUUAAAAAGAUGGGUUGGAGUGAAGGAGAGAGUUUAGGAAAGGACAACACUGGAAUUCAGGAUCCUGUCUGUGUGAGUUUUCGAAUGAAUCAGAAAGCCGGCCUAGGAUCUGAAGCAGCCUGUUCUAAAUCUCUGGAUGAUGUCGGGGAAGUAGAUAAAAACAAACGAUGGCUGGAAGCUCAACAGAGAUACAGGAAAGCUAUAGCAGACAAACAGAUCCCCACACCUGCUUGGGUGAAAGAGAGCAAGCUCAAACCCAGUGAUUUUAAGUAGAAGUCGCCUUGCUUUAUAAAGGACGAUCAAAGCUUGUAAGAUCAGAAUUGUACAUCCAGGUAUCUCCUGAAUGGACACGUGGGUGUGAUAAAGACUGGAGACAAUUCAGAAUGAUACAGUGUCAGAUAUAUGUGAUGCUGCAUGUGUGUACAGUCUAAACGAGGAAACAGAACAGGACAUCCAGGGCAGCUAUGACUAUGAAUUACUGGUAUUAGUAAAAUCUCAAUAAUUAAAACAAAAGAAGGUUUUAUCUUUUUGUAAAUCUUAAAUGAAUGCAAAAAGAUGACAUGUUACUUAGUUGUUUAUGUUUGAAUGCUUGUUGCAGUAAAAAUGUUAUUUAAAUGUAA